UGCUAUUGCUUUUAGCAAUUUUUACAAGUGCAGUGUGCUCUGAAAUACCAAGCACUGCCGAAUUUAUAACACGUCACAACUAUUCAGUUGAACCACACGAUGCUGUUACAGAGGAUGGAUACGUGGUGACAAUGUUCCGCAUCCCCGAUUCUCCACGCUGUAAGUGGAAGGGGUUUCCAGGUGGACCUACAAAGCCGGUUUUUUAUUUGCAGCAUGGAUUAAUGAGCUCCUCAGACUGUUGGGUGCUCAGUGGUCCAUCAAGGGCCUUGGGCUUCCAGCUAGCUGAUGCAUGCUACGAUGUGUGGCUGGGUAACUCCAGGGGCAACAGAUAUGCCAGAAAGAAUACCAAAUUGUCGGCAUCCGAUCGGGACUUUUGGAAAUUCACGUGGCACCACAUUGGAUAUAAUGAUGUGGCGGCGCAAAUAAACUAUGUCCUCGUAAAAACGGGACAUAGGGCCUUGCAUUUUGUGGGUCACUCGCAGGGCACCACCGGUUAUUUAGUUUUGAUGUCUUUGCGACCGGACUUCCUUAAAAAACUGAAGACAUCUCACCUGCUCGCACCAGUUGCUUUUUGUGGCAGUAUGAGAUCGGUAAUGUUUUCAUAUGGAAGUCAGGUCUUGCUGCAUCUGCCAGAUUUCGAGCUUCCGGGUCACUAUAAGCCUUUGGCUACGCUGAUUUCUUAUUUUUGCUCCUUUCCUAUAGCGGCGCUUUUAUGCAAGAAUGUUUUGUUUCUUUACACCGGCGCCAUAUCAAGGCACAUGGACAAGUUAUUAACAGAUGCGAUAACCAUAACUCAUCCGGCUGGCAGUUCAAGCAGACAAAUAAAGCACUUCGCUCAACUGCACAGCUCACACAAGUUUAGGAACUUCGACUUCGGCGAGACAGAAAAUAUGAAGAUCUAUGGCACCGCCACUCCACCCGAAUAUCCCCUCAACAGAAUAAAGCCUUCAGAGCCCGUCAACAUUUACUACAGCGAUGACGAUGUGCUAGCUGCAGUAUCUGAUGUCCUGUUGCUAUCCCAAAACUUGCCACACAAGCGAGUCUUCCGUGUGCAGGCCGACGACUGGACCCACCUUGACUUCAUAUUUGCACAUAAUCUCAGAACUGUUAUAGGCAACCAAAUAAUCGCUCUUAGCCAUGCAUAUGAAAAGCGCCAUAGUGGGAAAAAGUUAAAUCCACAUGACGCAGUUUUGCACUCAUUCUAGUUUCCAGAGGAUUAUUAUGUUUUUCAAGAAUAUUUCUUGAAUGAAUAAAGAGUUUUAUCGCCCCAA